AUGGAUUGCUUUGAGAAUGGAAAGUUUUGUACUCAAACGGGCUCCCAGCAGCACAGGGACAGCAGUGGCUGUCAGGUGAAUGAGGCUGACAGACCUGUCAAACGUCUCAGAAGGAAGAGAAGGCUGCUUCUGGAGUCUGAGGAUGACGAGGAAAAUGCAGAUGAGGAUGAGGAGAAGAAUAAAUCAAAUAAUAUGAAAAGCCGCAGAAACACUAAACCAAUAAAACAAGCUGUUCCUGGAAAGAAGAAGGUAUGGAACUGGGUUUCCUACUUAGAAGAGGAACGGAUGCCAGCUGCUCCCCUAAAACUGUUCAGAGAGUAUCAAUCAUUCCCACAAGGCCGAAAUGGAUUUAAAGUUGGAAUGAAAUUGGAAGGGCUGGAUCCUGAACACCCCUCUCGAUUUUGUGUUCUCACAGUGGCUGAGGUGCAAGGAUACAGAAUGCGAUUACACUUUGAUGGUUAUCCAGAGUGCUAUGAUUUCUGGGUUAAUGUUGAUUCCUCAGACAUCCAUCCUGUUGGCUGGUGUGAAAAAACAAGUCAUAAGCUGCUCCCUCCUAAAGGUUUCAAGGAGGGAGAAUUUAACUGGACUUCCUAUUUAAAGAAUUGCAAAGCUCAAGCAGCUCCAAAAAGCCUUUUUAAGACCCUCAGCACUCCUGUCACACCCUCUGGGUUUCGGCUGGGAAUGAAACUAGAGGCAGUGGACAAGAAGAAUCCGUCGCUGAUGUGUGUCGCAACCAUCACAGACAUGGUGGAUAACCGCCUGCUAAUUCAUUUCGAUAACUGGGAUGAGAGUUAUGACUACUGGUGUGAAGCUAGCAGCCCAUAUAUUCGUCCUGUUGGCUACUGCCAAGAAACUGGAACCCCACUGACAACACCACCUGGAUACAAGGAUUCCAAAGCCUUCUCAUGGGAGAAAUACUUGGAAGAAACUAAUUCCCAGGCAGCCCCAGCAAGAGCAUUCAAACUGCGUCCUGCUCACGGAUUCCAAGUUAAUAUGAAGUUGGAGGCUGUGGACAGAAGAAAUCCCAUCUUGAUAAGAGUGGCAACAAUAGUUGACAAAGAUGACCAUCGCAUUAAGAUACAUUUUGAUGGUUGGGACCAUAAUUACGAUUUCUGGGUCGAUGCAGACAGCCCUGAUGUUCAUCCGGUAGGCUGGUGUGCAAAAACUGGACAUGCUUUGCAAGUCCCUCUAGGUGCUGUUGAUCGAGUGGGAACAGUGGGACAAGCGUGUCCUACUCCAGGCUGCCACGGUAUCGGUCAUGUCAGGGGACCACGAUACGGAACACAUUAUACGUUAGUUGGCUGCCCAUAUUCUGAUGUGAACCUCAACAGAGAAAACUUGUUACAGGACCGCCUGAGUGGGGAGAGACCUUCCCCUAGCAAUAGUAUGCAGAAAGCCAAGAGGCUGGAGACUCCUGCCCCAUUUCUGUUGGGAGCAGGAGAGUCUUCUCAGGAGGACUCUCCACAAUCCAGAAAAUCUGCACAAGACAGUGAAAAGUCAUGUCAAAGCAGUGUUCACAGUCUGUCGGAACAGUCUGAAAACAAUCAAGAGAGAGACUGGGUAGAAGAGGAUUCCUCUGCAGACAUCAAAGCCAAACCGAAAAAGCUUGGGUGCUCGCAUGCCUAUAUAAAGUUCCAGCUGGUGAAACAGGAAAGCAGUGGGAAAGACCCUGAUUUGGAUCUCCAGCAGGCCCUCCACCAGUCCAUCUUCAUGCCUUCCCUGGCCUCUAACCCGACCCACCGCCUCCAUCUCUGCUGGGAGCAGCACUGCAAGCUCUUGCCAGAGGUCUCGGGCCUCACGGCCAAACACGUGGCCAAAUGGACUGUGGAAGAGGUGGUAAGCUUCAUCCAGCGUUUACCUGGUUGCAAAGAACAAGCAUCUGUUUUCAGGGAAGAGCAGAUAGAUGGUGAGGCCUUCCUGCUCCUGAACCAGAGCGACAUAGUUAAAAUACUCAGUAUCAAGCUGGGUCCUGCCCUGAAGAUCUACAACGCCAUUCUCAUGUUCAAGUCUGCAGAAGACAACUGAGAAGAGCCCUUUGGCAGAGCCCACAAGGAAUUGACGGGGAGCAGAUCUUCAACUGAGAGCAUUACAACGUGCCGAACAGGCAGAUUGGGACUCAGAUGUAUUUUAAGUAGAACUUAUUAAAAACAUUUU